AUGGUGUCGCCGCCGCCGCCGCCGCCGCCUCCCGGCCUCCUUCCCCCUCCCGUCCCCCCCUCGCCCGGCAGCCCCUCCGGCACGCCCCCCCGCGGAUCCACGGGGCUGUUUCGGGUGCCUGCGCUCUGCCUGGCGUGGUACGCGCUGAGCGCUGGCGGGAACGUGGUGAAUAAGGUGCUGCUGGGCACCUUCCCGCGGCCCGUGACGGUCUCGCUCUGCCACGUGCUGGGCCUGGUGGCGCUCCUGCCCCCUUUGUUGCGGGCCUGGCGCGUGCCCGCCGCCAGCCCUGCCCAGCUGCCGCCUCGCGCGUACCCGCGCCUCAUCCUUCCGCUCGCUUUUGGCAAGUACUUGGCCUCCGUCUCGGCCCACGUCUCCCUUUGGCGCGUCCCGGUUUCCUACGCUCACACCGUUAAAGCAACAAUGCCUAUUUGGGUUGUUCUCCUCUCAAGAAUCAUCAUGAAGGAAAAGCAGACGACCAAGGUAUAUUUAUCCCUCAUCCCUAUUAUUGGUGGAGUCCUGCUGGCUACAAUUACAGAACUCUCAUUUGAUACUUGGGGACUUAUCAGUGCCCUGGCUGCAACUCUCUGCUUCUCACUUCAGAAUAUUUUCUCUAAGAAGGUUUUAAGAGAUUCACGAAUACACCAUCUCCGUCUGUUGAACAUCCUUGGGUGCCAUGCUGUGUUUUUCAUGAUCCCAACAUGGGUGCUGGUUGAUCUAUCCUCAUUCCUGGUAGAAAAUGACAUGAGUUCAAUGGCCCAUUGGCCAUGGACCAUGCUUCUCUUGGCCAUCAGUGGCUUCUGCAAUUUUGCCCAGAAUGUCAUCGCCUUCAGCAUCCUGAACCUUAUCAGCCCUCUGAGUUAUUCUGUUGCAAAUGCCACAAAAAGGAUCACGGUCAUUAGUGUCUCCCUGAUCAUGCUUCGCAACCCUGUCACCAGCACCAAUGUUCUGGGCAUGAUGACUGCUAUCCUGGGAGUGUUUUUGUACAACAAGACCAAAUAUGAUGCAAACCAGGAAGCAAAAAAGCAGCUCCUUCCUAUCACGACUGGAGAUCUAACAAACCUGGAUCGGCGCUGGAGUACCCCGGAAAAGUCUCAGAAUGGACUUGCCUCCUUUGCACAUCAGGGAGAUUUCCAGUAUGGUAGCAGCAGAGGCAAUGUCCCCGUGGAUCACUUCCAGUAUUCCCGGCAGAACUAUCCAACAUUGUAUAGCUCCAGUCGCUAUGAUAUUUAGCAAGGGCUUAUUCAUUGCUAAACAAUGUGAACUGUUCACAUGGAGUUUUCCCCUUCCACUUGUGUGAACUAUUUAGUCUCAAGGAAUAGCCGGGGUCUGUGCAUAUGUCCCAUGGAGGGAUAAAUGCUAUAGAAGAGGGUACUGCAUGCCAAGCAAUACUUGCUAGUGGAAGAAACCACUGGGGUGGGUUUCAUCAGGUAACAUUUGGCCAUGCAAAAGCCCCAGUCUGUACCCCGAGUCUCUGUGAUCGCCAGAUGCCCUUGAACAGGUUGGUUGUCCAUGGUAGCACAAACGUGGCCAGUUUUUUCCUUUCACUCCUGGUUUUACAUCUUUUUGAAUUGCAUUCUGCCUUACUUUGCCAUUAAUUUACAGUUAUUUUCAAAGUGUAACAAAAACAACUCUUUUUCUCGGUCCCUCUUUUUUGUGGAAGAGAAAGUUUGUUGUAUUCUGUAGUGAGAGUAGCUUAGCUGCUCAUCUGCUGCCUUUGUUUGCAGCAUUACGAGGGGGAUUGCCAAAAAUGAAGAAGAAGGGGGAAUCAGUUUCCAGUCUCUGGAGAAAGAAUGAAUGAAUUUAUUCUAAAAAAAUAAUAAUCAUGUAAUAGCAGGAGUUUGCUGCUAGCACUGUGUAGCAAAUAUAGAUCUGAAAUCCUCCCUCUCCCGCUUCUGUUUUAAUCAUGGUCUCAAAGCCUUUUUUGUU